CACCUAAUUUGAUAACCGACACCGCAACGUCCUCUACUCGAACUCUGGCAUUUAUUUUCAAUUUACCUUUGGUAUCCGGCGAAUUCACACGGUUUCACUUUAUCACGGAGAUUCCAAUUGGCCGACGAAAUGCGACUAGGCAAGGUUGAUCCAAGUUCGUUCUCAGAACCAGAGAAAGUGCUGACCACUCACGUCGCCCUCAACUGGACAGUGGACUUCGAGAGGCAGGUGGUACGUGGUUCUGCGAAAUACAACUUUAAACUGUUACAAAAGAAUCAGAAGACACUCCUCCUCGACGUCCGUGACAUAAGCAUCAGCGAAGUGCUCCUGCUCGCUGGAGGUGAGGAAACGCCUGUCAAGCAUACUAUUUCAGACGAGGUUGAAGAAGUUGGUUCCAAGCUUACAUUGGAACUGCCGUCGGAAGCGAGUGGCGAAUUGAUCAUACUAAUCAAAUAUGAAACGUCGUCUAAAGCUAGCGCUCUCCAGUGGCUUACGCCGGAUCAAACCCUUGGCAAAAAACAUCCGUACCUGUUUAGUCAGUGUCAAGCGAUCCACGCCCGGUCAAUUCUUCCAUGCCAAGAUACUCCAUCAGUUAAAUUCACUUAUUCCGCUGUAAUUUCGCACCCAGAAAACUUAGUAGCUCUCAUGAGCGCUAUCCGCGUCAACACUCGCCCAGGACAAACAUCUUUCGACCAGACUGUUCCAAUUCCUAGCUAUCUACUUGCGAUUGCCGUUGGGGACUUGGUAUCACGACCUCUUGGUCCAAAUUCAAGCGUGUGGGCUGAGAGAGAGAUCGUUGCAGCUUGUGCUUCGGAAUUCUCGGAGACUUGUGAAAUGCUCAAGACUGCUUCUGAUAUUUGUGGACCUUAUGUUUGGAAACAAUAUGAUUUACUCGUUAUGCCUCCCAGUUUUCCUUUUGGUGGAAUGGAGAAUCCUUGCUUGACAUUUGUGACGCCAACUUUACUGGCCGGAGACAAAUCACUCGCUGACGUAGUAGCUCACGAGAUUGCUCACAGCUGGACUGGAAAUUUAGUAACAAAUAAAAACUUCGAACAUUUCUGGCUGAAUGAAGGCUUCACCGUUUUUGUUGAAGGAAAAAUUGUAGGACGCAUGAAGGGCAACUUAGAACGCGAUUUCCAUGCCAUCCGAAAUUUAACUAAUUUGCAAGAGAAUCUACGAACGCAACUUUCCAACACACCAGAUCUUACCAAAUUAGUUGUUGAUCUAAGCGAUUGCAGUCCAGACGAUGCAUUUUCGAGUGUUCCCUACAUAAAAGGCUCAACAUUUUUACGUUACAUCGAAGAUCUGCUUGGAGGACCCGAAGUGUUCGAACCGUUCCUUAAAUUUUACUUGAACAAGUUCAAGUUUCACUCCAUUGAAACCUCUGAUUUCAAAAAGACCCUCAUAGAGUACUUCCAAAACUCGCAUGCCGAUCAAUUGAAGCAAAUUGACUGGGACCAAUGGCUAAACUCAACAGGAAUGCCUUAUAUAAUUCCAAAAUUCGACGACUCCCUUGGGCUUGUUUGUCAAAGGCUUGCCGACCUAUGGGCUACGAAGUACACAUCACAUUUACAUGGUCUUCCAGAGCUUGAGGAGAAAUUAUCACCACUUCAACUAUUAGAUUUCCUGGCGAAACUCAUAGAGCACAAAGACAUCACCGACUUAAGUGCCGAGAAAAUCAAUUUGCUUGAAAAGAUUUAUAAGCUAAAUGAAACUCGUAAUUCUGAGAUCCGAUUUUGUUUCCUACGCUUGGCGAUUCGAGCGCGUCUUAUGGAUCGCUUAACAGAGAUUCUUGCAUUUGCUAACAGUAAUUUCCGAAUGAAAUUCGUUCGCCCAAUUUACCGGGAUUUGGCAGGCUGGCCAGAAGCCAAACAUUAUGCUGUCGAGAAUUUCAACCGCGUUAAGAAUCAAAUGAUGCGAGUUUGCUCCAAUAUGGUGGAAAAAGAUUUAGGACUGGUGAACUGAUUGUACAUCUACGGAUGGCUUGGAAAAAACUUGUUUACAAAUGGAGUUUGUAUUGUAUUUGUUGCUUGUCUUUUUUUCUCAAACAUUAGAAUAAGUUUUAUCAACCGACAACGUCAAAUAAAUUGAUAUGAAAAAGGA